AUGGAAACUGACGAAGUUCCUAAACCAAAGAAAGCCCCAUAUAAAUCAAAAAGAUACUUCCUAAGUUCAUUAAAUACUUACUUUGGUUAUCAAUUAGUACAUCUGUGUACUCAUAUAGAUUUAAUAACUUCGUAAUGAUACAGAUCAUCCUGAAGAUCCAAAUCUGAUAGUAGGGACCACAAUUUUAGAAAGUAAAUUUCCAUUACAUCCAGGAGUAAGAAAGGUGAUUGAUGUAUGAUAUUGAAUAAGUAUUAAAUAGCCAUCAAAAAUGUCAUUUUUAUAAAAGGUUAUAUUAGAUAGUGAUGUAAUAAUUUAUGACAUAAAUACAUGUGAUCAUAGUGAAUGUGAAUAUGCAAUAAAGAGCUUAAAAUUAGGAUCAUAUGAAUAAGAUAAAAUAUUAAUACUAGUAUCAUCAGUGAUGGCUUGGUCAGCAACGGAUCCAAAAGAGAAGAAAGCUGGAGAAGAAGAUGAAGAUGGUGGUUAUCCUCCAGAAUCAGGUGAAGAAGAAGGUAAAGCAUAAGAUGAUGGUGAGGAUGCACCACCUAAAAAAGAAUAUACACGUUUCAAUGAAAGUGAUUAUCCAAAGAGGAAAGCAUUACCUCAAUAUGAAAGUUUAUGUUCUCUAGAAAGUUUAUGUUUAAGUGUUAAUAGACCUAAUCUUAAAACAUUUAUAUUAUGUGCUGGUAUCUUAUAUGGAAUGGGAGAAGAUCAUUUUUAUACUAAAUUUAAAGGGGCUUGGUUAUAAAAUACAAUAACAUUUCAUAAUAAAAAUAAAGUACCAUGUAUACAUGUUAAAGAUUUGGCAUUAUUUGUUUAAAAAUUAGUAGAAAAACCAGUUAAUUAAAAAUAUAUUUUUGCUAUUGAUCAUAACUAAAAUCCAUCUCAUAAAGCUAUUAUAGAUUCAAUAUCUAAAGGAGUAGGAAAUUCAAAGAUUUAAUAAUCUGAUGUUGCUAUUCCUGAAUUUAAAAUUGAUCUUCGUAUGAAACCAACUAAAGUAUUUGAUGCUUUUCUAGAAGAAUAAGGUGAUUAAGGAGAUGAAGAACAAGCAGUUGAUAAAUUUACAUUUAAUUGGUGGUGUAAAGAAGGUAUUAGAGCUAAUAUAGCAAAGAUAAGAUAAGAAUUUGUUGAUUAUCAUAAUCUAAAACCUAUUAGAAUUGCUAUUACUGGUCCACCUGGAAUAGGUAAAAGUACUAUUGCUGAUUAAAUUUCAUAAUAUUUUAGUAUUCCUCAUAUUACAGUUAAAGAGUUAAUAUAAGAAUAUUUAAAUUAAACUACUGAAGAGGUUGAACAAUUAAAGUCAAGUUUAGAAGAAAAUAGAAAUUAACUUGUAGAGGAAGCUAAAGCAUUAUAUGAUAUAUAAAGAGAAAAGAGAAAACAAUUAAAAUAACCUUAUAUUCCAUUUGAUGAUAGUAAAAUAGAAGCUAAAUUAACAGAUGAAUAAUUGAUAACUAUUUAUAAAUGGAGAUUAAUGUAAAAUGAUUGUCAGAAUAGAGGAUUUAUUUUAGAUAAUUAUCCAAAAACAUAUGCUUAAGCUAAAUAAUUAUUCUAUAAUAUUGAAGGAGAAGGAGAAGAAUAAAAAGUUAAUUUAAAUAAAUUGAUAUUGCCUGAACAUUUUAUUGUUUUGGCAGGUAAUGAUGAAUAAAUUGUUGAUAGAAUCAAGUUUUCAAAAACUCAUAAAUAUAAUGAAGAUGUACUAUUAAAAAGAUUAAAGAAUUAUAAAAUAUUAAAUACUAAAAAGGGAUACACAAUUUUAAUUGAUUUUUAUAAAGAACUUAAAGUAGAUGUUUGUGAUAUAUCUGUUUUUAAUAAAUAAACUAAUAUUUAAGAAACUUGUAGAAGUUUUAUUGAAAGGGUAUGAAAUUUUAAUUGUAUUUUAGAAUGGUAAGUAUAGGAAUUAUAAACAUAUUGAAGAAGAUUUAGAAGAAAAGAGGUUGAAUGAGAAAAAGGAUUUAAUGUAAAAAUAAUCAGAUUAAAACUAAAAAUUAAAAGAGUUAAGAGAUAAAAAGGAAGAUGAAUUAUGGAAAAUUUAAGAGGAAGAAUACAAAAUUAAAUAAGAACAUAGUGUUAAUUAUGAAAAAGAACUACUUGAGUCAAGAUCUCUUCCAUUGAGGUAAAAAUCUAUAUUAAUUUAAGAUAAUAUUUAAAUGAUAAUGUAGUUCCAUUUAUUACAGAGGGUUUAGUGGAAAUUGUUAAACAGAAUCCAGAAAAUGUAAUUGACUUUUUAUCUGAAUUCUUGUUUAAGAGAUCAUUAUAAGUAAGAUUCCCAGAUCCCAAAUUGUAUUUUGAGAAUUCUGAGUGAUCGAAACCUAAUAACCAGA